AUGUUAACCAAAGUCGCAGAAAGUGUUGGCUACUGGAAGGUGGUGAGCAGUCAGGGAAGAGAGAUUAUCACUGCCACCUACCAGAGUAACCAGCACUACAUCAACAUCAAUAUUGACUGUGUCUGCUCCAACAUCCCCUUACCAGAAGUCACAGUAGAUGUCUUGACCACAGGGCUUUCGGAUCACAACGCACAGCUGUGUUCAACAAAUCUGAAAGAAUCACCUGUUCCCACAACUUAUUCAAUUAGAAGACAUCUUAAUAAAAAUAACCUUGACAGCCUGAGUGACUACUUAAAGGGACUUAACUGGGGAUUAGUGCUUAAUGCACCAGCUGUGGACACUGCUUUUAGAAAUUUUAGCCAAAUACUUAACUCUGCAAUGAACCUAACAUGUCCUUAUAAAAAAACCAAAGCAAAGCGUAAUGCAAGAGCUUGUCACUUUAAUGAUCCAGAAGCUCAAAGACUGAAGACCGAGUUUUUAGAAGCCUUAAAUAGAGAAGAAACCACAGGUUGCGUAGCUGCUAAAACCCAAACAGCAGAAAAGAAAAAAGCCUAUGAUAUGAGACUGAAAUAUCUAAAAAGGCAAGCAAUAGUAGACCGCAUAAGCAACUCAGAAAACAGGUCAAAAGCAGUCUGGGACACAAUUAAUAAUGAACGCCAUAAGAAGAAACAGGACACUCCACUUGAAUUGACAGUCAAUGGCAACAAAUUAAACAAUCCAUUCGAAAUAGCUGAGCACCUAAAUACUUAUUUUACAACUAUAGCUGAGAUAACACUAAAAGAAGCAGGUCAAACUUCAGAUAUCUCAAGGAAGCCUCAAUGCACCACCAAUGCACCUGAAUUUGUUAUUCAUAGCACUACACAGGCAGAAGUUAAGAAAACCAUCAUGGCAAUGAAAUCAAAGCCAUCAGCAGGCAUAGAUGAUGUCUCAUCUAUCUUACUUAAGCACUGUGUUGAUGAAAUUACACUGCCUCUGACUGAUAUUAUGAACAAGUCCUUAGCUCAGGGUAUUUUUCCAGCUGACCUCAAGAUUGCCAAAAUAAUCCCUAUUAAGAAACAACCACAAAGCACAGAAGCUGGCCACUUUAGACCAAUAUCUCUUGUAUCAACCAUCUCCAAGAUAUUUGAAAAAAUCGUUUUAACAAGAUUAAUAACCCACCUCAUGGACAAUAAUUUGCUCAGUAAACAUCAGCACGGAUUUUUAUCCUCUAAAUCUACAACCACAGCUAUCACUGACUUCUUUGAGUCAAAACCCCUCAAUAUAACAAGAGGGGUCCCUCAAGGCUCAGUACUGGGUCCAGUCUUGUAUGUAUUGGUAACAAAUGACCUCUCAGAUUACCUAAAGGAGCAAGCCCACACCACAAUGUACGCUGAUGACACAGCUCUUAUACUUGCUGAAAAAGGCCCUAAUGAUUUAGAUUGUCAGGCUUAUUGCUUUCAAUAUGGCAAAACAAAAUUGUCAGGAGAACGAUCUUGCACUAAAAGACAGCAAAACUAA